AUGAACAGACAAGUCCGCAAGACAUCUGGCGGCGGGAGCCAGGGCUUCUCAGGCCGCUCUGCCGUGGUCUCUGGCAGUAGCAGGAUGAGCUGUGUGGCCCGCUCUGGGGGAGCCGGCGGAGGGGCCUAUGGGUUCCGGAGUGGAGCAGGCGGCUUUGGCAGUCGCAGCCUCUACAACCUGGGUGGCAAUAAGAGCAUCUCCAUCAGCAUGGCUGGUGGCUCCCGGGCUGGUGGCUUUGGAGGAGGGCGCAGCAGCUGUGUCAGUGGCUUUGGGAGUGGCUACGGAGGUGGUUAUGGAGGUGGCUUUGGUGGUGGCAGAGGAAUGGGAGGUGGUUUUGGAGGAGCUGGUGGCUUUGGUGGGGCUGGUGGUGUACGGUUCCUGGAGCAACAGAACAAGGUCCUGGAGACCAAGUGGAGCCUGCUCCAGCAGCAGGGCACACAUCCCAUCACAGGCACCAACAAUCUCGAGCCCCUUUUUGAGAACUACAUCAACUCCCUGCGGAGCUACCUGGACAGCAUUCUGGGGGAGAGAGGCCGCCUGGACUCAGAGCUGAGGAACAUGCAGGACCUAGUGGAAGACUUUAAGAAGAAAUAUGAGGAUGAGAUCAAUAAGCGCACAGCUGCUGAGAAUGAAUUUGUGACCCUGAAGAAGGAUGUGGAUGCUGCCUAUAUGAACAAGGUGGAGCUUCAGGCCAAAGUGGAUUCCUUAACAGAUGAGAUCAAUUUCUUGACGACACUCUAUGAUAUGGAGCUGUCCCAGAUGCAGAGCCAUGUCAGUGACACAUCGGUGGUCCUGUCCAUGGACAACAACCGCAGCCUGGACCUGGACAGUAUCAUCGCCGAGGUCAAGGCCCAGUAUGAGGAGAUCGCCCAGAGGAGCAAGGCCGAGGCCGAGGCCCUGUACCAGACCAAGUUGGGUGAACUGCAGACCACGGCUGGCAGGCAUGGGGAUGACCUGAAGAGCACCAAGAGUGAGAUCUCGGAGCUCAACCGGAUGAUCCAGAGGCUUCGGGCUGAGAUAGAGAAUGUCAAGAAGCAGAAUGCUAAACUGCAGACGGCCAUUGCUGAAGCUGAGCAGCGUGGGGAACUGGCCCUCAAGGAUGCUAACGCCAAGCUCCAAGAGCUACAGGCCGCCCUUCAGCAGGCCAAGGAUGACCUGGCCCGGCUGCUGCGUGACUACCAGGAGCUGAUGAAUGUCAAGCUGGCCCUGGACGUGGAGAUCGCCACCUACCGCAAGCUGCUGGAGGGCGAGGAGUGCAGGAUGUCUGGAGAGUGCCAGAGUGCUGUUAGCAUCUCCGUGGUCAGCAGCAGCAGCACCACCUCCGCCUCGGCGGGUGGUUUCGGAGGCGGAUACGGCGGUGGCGUUGGCUGGCUUCGGCGGCUUGGCGUUGGCGUGGGAGGCGGCGCAGGCAGCGGCUUCGGCCGGGCCGGCGGUAGCGGCUUCGGCGGCGGCAGCGGGAGUGGCUUUGGCGGCGGCAGUGGCUUCGGCGGCGGCAGCGGCUUUGGCGGAGGUAGCGGAUUCAGCGGCAGCAGCGGAUACGGCGGCGGCAGCAGCAGCGGAUUCGGCUCUGGCUCCGGGGGUCGCUCUGGGGUCAGCGGUGGAGGCUUCAGCUCAGGCAGCAGCCGGGGCGGCAGCGUCAGGUUCUCCCAGUCCUCCCAGCGCACCUCCAGAUAAAAUACCGCGCAGGGCACCGCAGCCGCCCCAGCGCCGCCCAUCGUUCCUAUCCGCUCCUCAGUUCUCAUGUCUGCAGCCUCCUCAGCGCCCUCCCACCCCGCUACCUCUCCCCUCUCCAGUCCCCGCCGGCAGCCGCUUUUUGGGGCUAAAAGACCGGGCCUCUUGUCCUUCAAACAUCCAGAUCCCCGAGUAAGAACGGCCCGGAGACUUUCAGACUCUCUCUCUGGCUCCCGCCUGAGUCUGUGAUUGUCUAGGUGUGGCCCCAGCCACCAUCUUCGCUGCCCUUGGGGCCUCCUCCCGGGGUGGAAUGGUCACCACAGUUCUGAUGUAUAUAACACACAGGUCCCUCUGCCCAUCCGUUCUGUCGCCAAUAAAGUGCAUUGUGUUUAA